AUGGCGCGCCUCCUUCUCAGUGUCCUCCUGAUGUCCCUGUCCCUGCUGCUGCCACUGGUGGCCUCCUCAGGUAUGUUUGAGCUGAAGGUCCACUCGUUCAGCACCACGCGGCGGUACUGCCGGAGGGCCCGUGACUGUAACAUCUUCUUCCGGAUUUGUCUGAAGCACUCUGAGGAUGUGAUCUCAGCCGAGCCUCCGUGCACCUUCGGUACCGGCCAGACCAGCCUGAUGCGUGCCGAGCUCAGCUCCAUCGCCAACAGCGCCGCCAUCCGAGUGCCCUUUCACUUCAAGUGGCCGGGAACUUUUUCUCUGGUUAUUGAAGCUUGGAACGCAGAGUCACCCAAAGAGCAUCCGGAUCAUACCGAGAACCAGAACAACCUCAUCAGCCGUUUAGCGACGCGCCGGCGCCUGGCCAUCGGUGAGGACUGGUCUCAGGACGUGCACUUCGGCGAGCAGAGCGAACUGCGCUACUCGUACCACGUGUUCUGCGACGAGUUUUACUUCGGAGACGCGUGUUCAGAUUACUGCCGGCCGCGGGACGACACGCUCGGCCACUACACCUGCGACGAGAACGGGAACAGGCAGUGUCUGGAGGGCUGGCAGGGAGACUACUGCUCCGACCCCAUCUGCUCGGCCGACUGCGACGAGCGCCACGGUUACUGCGAGGCACCGGGGGAGUGUAAGUGCCGGCUGGGCUGGCAGGGCGCGUCCUGCAGCGAGUGUGUGCGCCACCCGGGAUGCCUGCACGGUACCUGCUCGCAGCCCUGGCAGUGUGUGUGUAAGGAGGGCUGGGGCGGCCUCUUCUGCAAUCAGGACCUCAACUACUGUACCAACCACCGGCCCUGCACCAACGGUGCCACCUGCACCAACACCGGACAGGGCAGCUACACCUGCACCUGCCGGCCCGGAUACGGCGGCACCGACUGCGAGCUCGAGAUCAACGAGUGCGACUGCAACCCCUGCAAGAACGGCGGCAGCUGCAACGAUCUGGAGAACGAUUACUCCUGCACGUGUCCUCAAGGUUUCUACGGGAAGAACUGCGAGAUCGUGGCCAUGACGUGUGCCGAUGACCCGUGCUUCAACGGAGGGACGUGUGAGGAGCGAUAUACUGGCGGGUAUUUCUGCCGGUGCCCUCCUGCCUACACCGGCUCCAACUGUGAGAAGAAACUGGAUCGCUGCAGCCACAAACCCUGCACCAAUGGUGGUGAGUGUGUGGAUCUGGGUUCGGGCAUGAUGUGCCGGUGCCGCCCUGGUUUUGCUGGCCCACGCUGCGCCGUCAACAUCGACGACUGUGCACGCUCGCCGUGCCUGAACGCGGGAACCUGUGUCGACGGCGUUAACGACUACACGUGCUCGUGCACCCUCGGCUUCUCCGGCAAGAACUGCAGCGUGCGUGACGACGCCUGCCUGGGCCACGCCUGCCUGCACGGCGGCACCUGCUACACGCAUUUCUCCGGCCCCGUGUGCCAGUGCGUGCCCGGCUUCAUGGGCCCCAGCUGCGAGUUCCCCGUACUGGACAGGACGGUCCUGGAGCGGGCCGCGCCGCGCACCUCCCGGGGCUCGGCUCCCUCCACUGUGGCGGCGCUGUGUGUACUGGGCGUGCUGGCCGCCUGCCUGGGGGCCUGCGUGGCCGUGGUGUUCUUCAGGCGCAGGAGGCAGCGUCUGCGCAGGCAGCAGCUCUGCGACUCGGUCUUCAACGACCUCGAGGCCACCAACAACCUCGACAGGCAGCCGUACCCAUAUGACCGCGACUUCCUGUCGAGGGCCGUCGCUCAGGCCAAGCCGAGCAACACCGAGGCCAGGCUCAGCGGCUCGCUGGCUCCCAGUCACACGCUUCCUGCGGGGCGGGACUUCCUCUGGAGUGCAGGAGGAGUGGGCAUGAGAUAACACACACACACACUCACACACACCAGCAAUAGUUCAGGAAACACACACACACACAUACACAUAAACAGAGAUGGAGGUUGAAAUGAAACUAGCACUUCUUUUCCAUAUUUUGAAGCUGAUUGAAUGAA